AUGCCAUCCUUCCCGCUCAUCCCGCUGUCCAUCGCCGCCCUCUUCAGCGCCCAGGGCCUGCGCAGAGGCUCGCUCUCGCCGUCGGGCGCUGUCACAGCCACGCUCAUCGGGACCCUCACGCUCGCCGUCCCCCUGCGUGCUUUCGGCGUGUCCCUUCUCUCCUUCUACCUCAUAGGCUCGCGCGCGACCAAGAUCGGCAAGCAGCUCAAGGCCCAGCUUGAGGAGGGCCACACGGAGGGCGGACAGCGUACGGGCUUCCAGGUCCUGUGCAACUCGUUCUCUGCGUUCGGCGCUGCGCUGCUGUGGGAGGGCUUGUUCGUGCCUGGCUCGUUGCCUGCCCUUGUGAUUAAUUGGUUGGGAGGGACGCAGGCACCGACGUAUCUAUCCAAUGAGUGGUGUCCAGUAUCUACCUCGGUGUUGGAUGGGUGGAGUCGUGCACUGGUCUUUGCUGCACUAGGGCAUUUUGCCUGCUGCCUCGGAGACACCCUGGCCUCAGAACUGGGCAUCCUCUCCAAAACUCCGCCCAUCCUCAUCACCACGCUCAAACCCGUCCCGCCCGGCACGAACGGUGGCAUCUCGGGCGUCGGCACCCUCGCCUCGCUGGCGGGCGGGAUUGCCAUGGGCGCCACCCUCGCUGCCUGCUUGGCCAUUGAGAACUCCGUAUGCAGAGCGGAUGCUUGGGCGGUAUCGGCACAAGCCGUUGCUUGGGGCGGGUUUGCGGGUCUGUUCGGAUCUUUGAUCGACUCCCUAUUAGGCGCGACCGUUCAGAUGACUAAGUACUCCGCCACUAGCAAACGUAUACUGACGGACGAGUCUGCCCCACCCAAAGACGCCGAGAUUAAGGUUGUCAGUGGACUCAACAUACUCACGAAUAAUCAGGUCAAUCUCCUGUCCUCGGUCGUCACCGCAGUCGUCGUGGCACGGUUUGCGUGAUGACGACAUGCCCAACCUUGCCUCUCGCGCAU